CUAAAUCUUGUAAAAAACAAAAACAUAGGAAUGGAAAACCAUUAAAAUUUAUGCAUACCAUGUGAUUAGGCCAUUACUAUUGGGGCGCCACCACCACGGUGCUGCAAUUAUGAUUUCCGUUUGAACAUACAUAUGAUGAUCCCACCCUCGUUCCCUUUGUCUUCCUAAUUCAUAACCAACCACCGAAAUUCCCAUUUUAUCCAUUGCAUACUACACGCAAAUGCAAUCCAAUUCCAUUUAGGGUUUCCCCUUUCAUUCCCACACCCACAGAUCCCGCUUUUUUUAACCCAAUUGAAUUUGCAAUUCCCGCGAAUUCAUGUUCCGGAAAAAUGCACUCCAAAUCCACCCAUUCAUCUUUUCGAGAUCGCACGCAAGAAUUCCACAGCAUCUCAGACAGGUUGAAGAAAUCAUUAUCAGGAUCAAAUGAACCCACCACUAAUCAGCGAUCUGCCGUUGCCAUUAAAUCAGAGUUCAAUAAAAGAGCUUCCAAGAUUGGCUAUGGAAUUCACCAAACCUCUCAAAAGCUUGCCAAGCUCGCCAAAUUGGCCAAAAGGACUUCAGUGUUUGAUGAUCCAACCGUGGAAAUUCAAGAGCUUACAAGUGUUAUUAAACAAGAUAUUACCGCACUCAACUCUGCGGUUGUGGAUCUUCAAUUACUCAGUAACUCUAGAAACGAGAGUGGACAUGACUCUACUGAUACAACUAGCCAUUCCACUACGGUUGUGGAUGAUCUGAAGACACGGUUGAUGAGCACCACUAAAGAGUUUAAAGAUGUUCUCACCAUGCGAACUGAGAACUUGAAAGAACAUGAGAGUAGAAGACAGUUGUUUUCAUCCGCUGCCUCUAAGGAUGCUGCAAAUCCUUUCCUCCGUCAACGUCCAUUAACUACAAGGUCGGCUGCUACUGCCAGUACUUCUAAUGCCCCCGCACCUCCAUGGGCUAGUGGGACAUCAUCUUCCCAGUUGCUUUCUAAAAAGCAAGAGGACGAGGAAAGUCAACCAUUGUUACAACAGCAGCAGCAGCAGACAGUUCCAUUGCAAGACAGUUACAUGCAAAGCAGAGGAGCAGCUCUUCAGAAUGUUGAGUCCACUAUUCAUGAGCUCGGCAACAUUUUUAAUCAACUAGCAACACUUGUUUCCCAACAAGGAGAGAUUGCCAUCAGGAUUGAUGAGAACAUGGAUGAUACAAUGGCAAAUGUAGAGGGGGCACAAGGGGCGUUGUUGAAGUAUCUGAGCAGCAUAUCUUCUAAUAGGUGGUUGAUGAUCAAGAUUUUCUUAAUAUUGAUAUUUUUUGUUACGGUUUUCUUAUUCUUUGUGGCAUAGUCAUUGAAAAAAUAAAAGGACGCAAGGGAAGGCUUUCUUACUGGUGUUAGCACUGUGUAUUUUCAUUAAUGUUUAUUUGUCCAAAUAUAUAUUCAUUCCGGGCUGAGGGUAGCUUAGGGACCAACACUAUCGAAAUUUAUACUUGUACCGUUUUGAUAAUUUGAUACAUACAUGUUAAAAAUUACUACUAUUUGUAUAGUUCCCACUUCCCCGUUAUCUUUCAUUAUUUGUUUGAUUUUAUAAUACAGUCGAGACUUUCUGUA